GAUUAUUGGAUCGCCGUAUCCCAAACAUCACAAUCGCUGUGAUUUACUAAAAAUACGUUAAUUACCCUAAAUUAGAAUUUUUCCGUUACUAUAAAAUACCUCAACACCUAUGAAACCAAACACACUCUUCCUCAAACCAAGGAAUCCUAAUUAAAAAGAAAAUGAAUUCUUCAACAAUUUGUUCCCUGUUCCUUGGUUUGAUCCUAAUUUCUCAAUCACCAUUUGCAGCAAAUGCAACACUUCUUGGUUUAGGAGGAGGAGGAGGACCACUAGUUUCCUUAAUUUGCGCUGCUUCAUCCAACAAGGUAGAAUGUAACAAGGUUCUAUCAAGCCCACAAAUCACGCAAGCCAAGAAUUACAAACAACUCUCAAAGGCUAUCACUGAAAUCGCCAUGAAAAAAGCUGUUGAAGGACAAGCUUUCCUUAAAGGUUUGGCACAGAAAAGUAAAUCUGAAGGGCUGAACAUAUGUGCAGAUUCUUGUUAUAGUUCAGUAGUUCGGGAUUUCAAAAGUUGCUUGGAUUUUAUUGAUGGUGAUCCUGAUACUCUUAGUUAUGAUUGCAAAGUUGCUGUUGAUGAACCUACUCGAUGCGAUAGUGCAAUGGCUGCAAAUCAUAUUGUUAACCCUGCUGUUACUGCUCUUAACCGUCAAAUCUUAUUCCUUUGUGAGCUUAUAUUCAAAACUAUUGAUAAACUUCCGAACCAUUGAUAAACUUUAAAGUUAUUUUGGGUAUACUCAACCCAAAAUGAGAAGAAGAUUGUGAUGUUCAAUUUUGGUUUGUAUGUAUUUUAAUUUUAGGGUCUACUUAAUUUGGUGUGAUGAUUAGUGGCGGAGCUGAAAACAUUAUUAUGGGUGGGCCUACAAAAUAUACUCUAAUAUAUAAACAUAAACUUUUCUGUUGUAAUAAACGCUAAACACAAAGUUUCAUCAAAAAAGUAAACUACAUACCUACUUGCACUA